AGCGUGUGUGCGAGUGUGUGUAAGAGACACUUACUCUCCUAACUACUGGGACACACACAAGUUCCUCACCCAACUCAAAGAAGCAGCAAACCCUGGAGAUGUUUCAUUUUUUGUUUUUAUUUUUUAGCUUUCAUUUAAACCCCAAAGCUGCUAAUAAUUCUCUCAAGCAUCCAUCUUUUCCCUAAGACUUGCCGGCUGGAACUCAACUUUCAGCCUCUCUCGAGGAAUUCUAUGUACUGAUCAAUAGACCGUUUCCAUCCACACAAGACAUACCUCAUGGAUUUGUACCUGGUUGGAUAUCUCAUGUGCAUGUGGUUGUCCAGCUCUCGGGUGCUUGGAGGCUAUCCCAUCUGGUGGUCCCUGGCCCUUGGGCAGCAGUACUCAUCCCUAGGCUCCCAGCCCAUCCUGUGUGGCUCCAUACCUGGUUUGGUGCCAAAACAACUGCGCUUUUGCCGCAAUUACAUUGAGAUCAUGCCCAGUGUAGCGGAGGGGGUUAAAUUGGGAAUCCAGGAGUGUCAGCACCAGUUCCGAGGCCGCAGGUGGAACUGCACCACUAUCAAGGACAAUCUAGCAAUAUUUGGACCAGUACUUGAUAAAGCCACAAGAGAGUCUGCAUUUGUCCAUGCGAUCGCGUCAGCUGGAGUGGCGUUUGCAGUGACCCGUUCAUGUGCAGAUGGGACCUCCACAAUGUGCGGCUGUGACUCCCAUCAUAAAGGCCCGCCGGGAGAGGGAUGGAAGUGGGGUGGCUGCAGUGAGGAUGCAGAGUUUGGGGUUUUGGUGUCUCGAGAGUUUGCAGAUGCUCGUGAGAACCGACCAGAUGCUCGGAGUGCAAUGAACAGACACAACAAUGAGGCAGGACGGAUGACCAUCCUGGAAAACAUGCACCUGCGCUGUAAGUGCCAUGGAUUGUCAGGUAGCUGCGAAGUCAAGACCUGUUGGUGGGCUCAGCCUGACUUCAGGCUGUUGGGGGACUACCUGAAAGACAAGUACGACAGUGCUUCUGAGAUGGCGGUGGAGAAACACCGGGAGUCCAGAGGCUGGGUGGAAACACUACGGGCCAAAUACACCUUCUUCAAGCACCCCACAGAACGAGACCUGGUGUACUACGAGGGAUCGCCCAACUUCUGUGAGCCGAACCCAGAGACGGGCUCUUUUGGCACCCGUGACCGCAUCUGCAACGUGUCGUCGCACGGCAUCGAGGGCUGCGACUUGUUAUGCUGUGGCCGUGGCCAUAACACGCGGACAGAAAAGCGCAAGGAGAAAUGCCACUGCAUCUUCCACUGGUGUUGCUACGUCAGCUGCCAGGAGUGCGUCAGGGUCUACGACGUGCACACAUGUAAAUAAGUGCGGGAAGAAAAGGAUCGGUGGACAUUAAAGGAUGGAAAGAAAGAGAAAGAGAGGCAGAGACUGAGAACAUGCAUAAGAUAAUGGCACUUCUGUGGUAGAACCCUUUACUAAUGUGCCCUUUUUGAUCUACACGCCCCAAAAGAUGCCCAUCGUGAGCAUCAUAGUUACUACUGCCAUUCCUCUUGCUCUUUUAUUGUGGCACGCAAUAUUUCUGCAAAAGAAAACAAUUCCUUGUUUUCAUUCAGUCUCCCGUAACACCAUCUCUCUGAUCAUCUCGGCCUACUGCACAGGAGCCGAAACAGGAUAUGUGAAAAUACAACCAAUGACACUAAGCAUGCAUUAAAGAACAACAAAAGGGGGGAGAGGAUGAUGAAAAGUUCUCGGUUAACUACUGAACGCUGGGUCUCGAAAUAUGCCCUGCUAUACUACUGAAUCCAAUGUAAUGCCCAUGUUUUCCCUCAUGAUCUCCCAAAGUUUCCCAAUCCAAGGACACUCCUACCAUAUUCCCUAUAAUCAUAUAUGUUAAAAUCUUGGAACGUAUUGCUGUUAGCUACGUAAAAACUCUGCUAAUUUGCUUUAUACAGCAGUUUGGAGGGAUGCAAUUGAUAUAUUAGCGUAGAAUGCAGUACAAACAGGUAAAGGCAUCAUAGGUACCUUCCCAAUUACAAAAGGUUUUGUUUUCUUCGCAGAAAAUGUAAAUGCAAAGCCAUCGGUAACUCUCCUGGAUGAGUGCAGGACAGCUGGUGAAAUGCAUGACAGCAGAAUGCGACGAUACACACUGGGCUCAUGCGCACCCAACCAGUAAAAAUUUGCACUUACAAAACUACUAAUGAGUAUACUAAUUCUAGAGAUUAAGAUGAUUUUUUAACAUAUUCUUUUUGAUAAAGAUCCUCGUACAUGA